AUGGGCAAUCACUUCCUGGCUACCAUUGCCCUUGUGGCUCUGGCUUCCUCCUUUGCCUAUGCCUCAGAUCCAAGCCCCUUGCAGGACUUUUGUGUUGCUAUCAAUGACCCCAAGGAUGCAGUGUUCGUGAAUGGGAAGUUUUGUAAGGACCCUAAGCUUGCCACAGCUGAUGAUUUCUUCUUUCCCCCUCCCAACAUGCCCGGUCUCAACAUUCCCGGAAAUACAUCAAACCCACUUGGGUCGUUGGUGACUCAAGUAAAUGUUGAAAAAAUACCAGGACUCAACACUCUUGGUAUUUCCUUAGCUCGUAUUGAUUUUGGUUCGUAUGGCCUCAAUCCACCCCAUACCCACCCUCGUGCUACCGAAAUCCUUGUUGUCUUGGAGGGUACCCUCUAUGUUGGCUUUGUCACUUCCAAUUUGAACCCUGGCAAUCGCCUCUUCACCAAG